AUGGCGAAGAAAGGCUGGGUUUUGGUUAUAUAUUGUGUCUUUGGCCUUGUGGCCUCUCAGAACUGUCCAGACCAAAGUCCCCAGCUUUCAAAAUGGUCAGAUGACGCAACAUGGAAUGGACAGCCCCCACAAGAGGGAGACGCCCUGGUCAUAGAGAGCGGCGACAGUAUUAUAUUGGAUACGUCACCUCCUCGCCUUGACUCCAUCACUAUAAAAUCUGGCGGGAAACUCGUGGUGGCUGACGGGAAGGAUAUAAGUCUGACUGUGAAGUACAUUUUGAUCAGCGGAGAGAUGCACGUGGGAUCAGAAGACUGCCCGUUCACAGGGAAACUUCACAUAACACUGGAGGGUAACCUGGGAGAAUAUACCGUGGCGGGUUUUGGAGAAAAGUUCAUUGGCUUGGCGUCUGGCGGAGUCCUGGAAGUCCACGGUGAAUAUCGCCUCCCCUGGACAAAACUAACAAGGAAUGUCAAUAAAGUCGACUACAUUUCCAACAUAAAGAACAUAGAAAUAUCGCAGAAUAAUCAGGACAACAGUGAUCUCGAAAACAAUGAUCUCAAUGACGACACUGUGGACGACGAUGAAAAUGAUGAUGACGACGAUGAAAAUGAUGACGACGAUGGCAACAACGACAAUGGGAAAAACAUCAGGGCACUUGUAAUUUAUGUAUUUAAUGAAGUCACAGGCGUUCUAGAAUCGGCAGCUAAGUUGGUUCACACAAGUGGAAAAGCGAAAGAUUUCCCUGACGUCGUCGCUAACGCCAAACAAGUACUUGACGAUAUCCCUUCCGGAAAAAUAAUUGGACUAGCAUUGAAGAGACGUUUCAGGGUGGAACGAGUGGACCCGUCGGGGUUGUUUGACAUGCUGGAGGAAUGGGCCUACGGAACAGUGGAUAAUACUUCACUGAAGUUCAGAGACUACAAGUUCCACGGAGCUUGGUCACUUAUCAAAAAACAAGGGGACAAUCCCUCUACACAGGAACUUCUUCUGAAUGACGAUGGUAAAAUGGUUCGUAUAGCAGAACUUUACCACGAAGAGAACGGAAUCAAGUUUGGGGUCCGUAGCUGGGUCCACACGAUAAGAAGAGGACAGUGUUACUCUAGAGGGAAGUCUAGUCUCGCAGAGAAUUCUAUACCAGUGCUGCAUCUCGUGGAUGACGCACAAACAUGGCGAACAGGGGAUAAAGUAGUAGUCCUUUCCACUGAUUUUGAUUGGAAACAGAGGGAAUUCGGGACUAUUGUAGAUUGCCCAUCCUGUACCUCAAAGCAAGUUCGAGUGAACAUUGAACCACAAUUUAUGCAUUUCGGAGAAAUUUAUAAAAACGUGGACAUGCGCGGUGAGGUUGCCCUGAUGAAUCGAAACAUCGUAAUAGAAGGAGGAGCUGCCGCGGGUAAAAAACAAAUGGGAGGACACGUAAAGUUUCGGGAGGGCUUCAAGACAGUACAGGUGAAGAAUGUGGAAUUAAAGAACAUGGGACAACAGACAUCGCUAGGGAACUACCCUCUCCACUUCCACAUGUGUGGAGAUGUGGAUGACAGAUCAAAGCCGUCCUUACUAAGUGGAAACAGUAUCCACGAUUCAUUUGCUCGUUGCAUCACCUUGCAUGGUAGUCACGGCGCACUGGUUAAGAAUAACUUCUGCUUGAAUAAUAUUGGUCAUGGUUACUUUCUGGAAGAUGGUGGCGAGAAAAGAAACGUAUUAGAAGGUAAUUUGGGAGCUGGACAGAGGAAGGGAAAACUCAUAAAAUCUGACAAGUUACCUACAACUUUCUGGAUUACAAAUCCCCAGACUUUUGUACGAAACAACGUCGCCGCAGGAAGUGAGGGUCACGGGUUUUGGUUUGUUUAUCCUAACAAACCUCUAGGUCUCUCCAAGGAUUUAAACUUCAUGGACAAGUUCGAAGCCAUGCACACAGCGAUUUUUGAAUUCGAUAACAACGUUGCUCAUUCCAACGUGAUGAGUGGUUUAUUCAUCGACAAUAUCUUGAACACUGAUGGCAGUCUGGGAACAACCAACAAGUACGAACCUUGGGUGGAUCCAAAGGAUUCUAAAUCUGGGGCCAAAAUGGUGACGAUUAGCAAACUCACAGCGUACAAAAACAUGAAACAAAAUGCAUGGAUUAAUGGUGGAUACAUCAAAGUCACUCAAUCUUCAUUCUCAGACAGCGUCAUCGGAUUAACAUUCAAAAGGAGUUCUCCACAGGAGCAAUACAUCGAAGACAGUGUUUUUGUCGGAGAUUCACCUAACAUCGGGACUCCCACGGUGAUAGGGAGUGGAAAUUCAUUCAAAACAUACCCACGGUCUGUGCCUUUGGAAUUUGCCGACCAACCUCGUCAAGGUUUCGUUUUUUACCAUGGCCCUGUGUAUGUUUCUGACACGUGGUUUGGGGACUUUGCCGACACAGACAACUACAAAUCCGGUGCUCUAGGUUUUCAGCGGGAUAACGAUGGUCACAGUUCACCAAUCAGCGCGGUCGAUGGACUCAAGUUCGGAUUUGCAGAUCCAUCCGAGGGUAACCGAGUAUUUGAUGGAAACGCUACAGACAAUGGCUUCUCUGGUCUGGAUGGAGAUUUGAUUGGUACCUUCCGAGAUGCAGAUGGGUCGGUUUACAGCGCAAACGCUCAAAUUGUUAAAGACCUUCCUUUCCAUAUGACACCUAAUUGUUCGCAAAGAAGUAACUGGAAAAUGAUGCCCUGUGUAGAUACAUUUGGUCAGGUGCGUCUAUCGUGGUCGGCAAAGAAAGAUGUUGCCAAAGAUGUUUCCAUUUAUAGAGACGAUCUUCCUGACAACCCCAUUCAGUCAGAUGCCAAAAAGCAGGCCCCCUUUAUGGCCAUUUUAGGCGGCCAAUACAGCUAUUUGGCGAAACUAAACGGAAAAUUACCGACGUCUGUAAAAUUCUCUGGACUUGGCUUCACCAAAACCAAGACAGCACGUGUCGGUCUCUGUGUGCCCAGAGAUUCUACAAUCCGUGUGAAAUUCUUGGGACUUGCAGCAGGUGGUAAAUGGGGACAGUGGAAGAAAGGAAAGGCCUUGACCUCUAUUGAGGACCUUAAUAGCAGUACAAAUCCCACAGAUUACUUUGUAGAUUCAGACGCCGGGAUUGUAUUUUUCAAACUCAUGCAUCUUCGAGAGUAUGGUGAUUCUGAUGUGAUUGAUUGUCUCGACCGAAAAUGUCCGACUGCUGUAGUAACGAUGAUUGGUGGAGAUUUAACGGACUCCGACUGUACCUCCCGAGCAUAUCCGAAAUACAAGAGGGAUCCCAGUGACGCCCCUGCCGGGAGUGAAGUUACGUCUUUACCCGCCGAUGACUUGUUUCCACCUGCUAACUGGGGUGCCGGUUCCACUAGAAGUUAAAUCUGAGGACAAAUUGCAUUAUCCUGAACUUCAUUGUUUUCUUUUCUUUGCUUCAAAUGUAGUAAAAAUUUAAUUGCAGAAAACAUCUUUGUAUUUAUUAUGAAGCUGCAUUUUACAGACCUUGACAUGGGUCACAGUGUACGUUUCAAUAAAUACGUGUGUUUCUCUCCAUUGAAAUAUCACCCUUUGACGCAGACAAAUUGUGAAACAAUUUUUCAGUUCAAUGUGAAAAGUAAGUUGGGUUUUUUUUUUUGAGGAGGUAAAAUAAAAUCCCAAAAGUUUAUACCGACAUAAUACUGGAAAGUGUAAGUGUUUACAUUUAUUGUAGCUUUCAAAAUAAGAUAGGAUUAAUGAGAAGUAUUGGAAUGUCUUCCUUUUUAUCAAUUUUGAAAAUUCUUUCAAUACAAUGCUCUCAAAGGCUUCAUCAUCCCAGUAAAUAUACAUGACACCACCUAUGAGAUACUCUUGUUUCCAAUAUCACGACUCCUAUCACUAUUCUUGAUAGCACACCAACAUAUGUAGGUAAGCAUUUUCAGUUUCUUGAAGAACUUUCAGAUUUCAUUCACAAGAAGUAAAAUAGAAUUAUGAUAAAAACUGACAAAUAUGGCAUUAACCUUUAACACUACGAAUUUUCUAUAAUUCACCUUGAAAACCCUUAAGAACCUACAUGUUUUAGCAGUGUAUAGCAUUACUGAAAGUUUUAAUUAAAUACAAAGUAAGAAAUGAGGGUUUUCUCUAGCUUUUGAACUCAAGGUUUCUCAGAAUAGUACCUUUUAAUGUUGACCUUGAAUAUCACUACGAUCCCAUGGUUAAAUCUUUAUAAAAAUCUCAUUGCUUGUAUUUAGAGUGAAAUGCAGGUAAUAAAGUUUCUACAUAAGGGAUUUGACCUUUUCCUUGACUUUAGCGUUUGUACUUUUAAAAACCAGUUGGAACCACGAUAUCUUGACAAAAAAGAUUGUGAUUGAUUGAUUAAAUAUUGUUUAACUUCCCGCUCGAGACUUUUUCACUCAUAUGGAGACGUCACCAUUGCCGGUGAAGGACUAUAGGCCUAUACUCGGUGCGUACGGCCUUUGAGCAGAAAUUAGUUUUUAAACAACAACAAAUUAUUCAUAUAGUUUAUGAAUAAUUUGUCACAUAAAAUUGCUGAUUUGCUAAAAUAAUUAUUAGUUCUGCUUCGCAAAAAGACAUACAUAUUUAUAGAUAAUGUUUAUGUUUCAAUUUAGGACAAAAUUUGUAAUAAAUCACUAAUAUAUUUUUAUGCAUGCUUUAUUACAAUUAUAAAAAUUUCGGAAUUAAAAGGUCGUGACCUAUACGUUAGGAUUGAUAUAACAAUUUUUAGGAUAAUCACUGUCUCGCCAUUGGAAAGAGAGAUUUUCGAACAUUUUUAUUGCAUGAUAUUUAAAGUUGAAGACUAAAGCGUGUUCAAAAAUGCGUUGAUAUGAUUACUUCUAAGCUAUUUUUUUAAACCAAUAUUUAUGUAUAUAUUUUAACUAGGGCAUCAUAUUGAAAUAAGUUCUUCCUCGGUUUCGUUGUGUAAGUCUACAUGUAUUUUGAACUUUAUGCGAAAAUGGGGGCCAUAAAGGGCCCUUGUCCUACAUAUACACUGUACAUUAUCCUAUUAAAGUUGAUGUUGCGAUCAAUAUCAAUAGGAAGAACAGAUUGUACAUCUAAGACUGACAGCACCUUUCCCAUAAGAACAUGACCAUUGAACCAUGUAACCCCCUCUGUAUUUCCCAUAACAAAAUUAAUGUUUAUGGGUAUUUGUGAUUUCAUACAUUAGUUAAUUUUUGUUACUCUAUACUGUAGUGUUGUAGUAUAAGACAGUAAGUAUAAACUGACGACAUACAUUGAUAUAUUGAUCUUAAACAACACCGAUUUUGCCGGGGAAAUAACAGAAAAGUGGGGGGUGGGGUACAAAGUCCAGUAUGCCCUUCUCGAAAAUAAAUUAUAUUUGUAAAUUCCAGUUUCCCAUUAUAUAACAUAUACAUGGCUGUUCUGAAAAAGGACGCUCUGCGUGAUCAACUUGUAAGAUACACUGUACCACCUCCUCCUCGUGAAUCAAAAUUAAAUAUACUGUGUCCA